AUGUACCAUCAGGACUGAUCCUUUCAUGGCUUUUAAAGAUUUGCGUGUCCUCAGUAACUUAAGCAUCGUAGACACCUGGAUAAACAGCUCUGUGAUGGGGAAACUGUUCAAAAAUGUUUGGAAAUCAUCUUUUAAGGAAACAGUGUUUUUAAACAUCACAUACAAUGAGGACACUCCUGAUGGCUUCCAGCUACCAAAGCAGAAUCACACCACGAAUCUACGAGCGUUUGUGCUUGAUGGUGUACACCACCAUCAGUACCACUACCCCACUUUUAACGUGAGUAUGGAACUAGUCAACAAACUAACCUACUUGAAGUUCUCCGGUACCGGGAUGAAUAUUCUUCCAUGCAAUCUAAUUUCAGCCAUUAAGUCUCUACAACUCUUGGACCUGUCAAACAACCUCUUGGAUGAGAGUGGCUUCUGGUGGUUUGGUUGUUCAUCACACAAAGUGUUUCCAGCCUUGAGAAAACUCUCGCUAAGCCAUAACCGUUUCAACGACCUCGCUGAGAUUGCCGAAAACGUCAAUGAUAUGAAGUUCUUAGAGUCUCUUGACUUGAGUUUCAACUCUAUUUCCAUUGGCAAACCGUGUUUUUGGCCUCCCCAUCUGAUUGAGUUGAGUCUCAGCCACAACAAUCUAGGAAACGACAUAUUUCACUACCUAUCACCAUACUUCCAGAAGAUAGACCUUUCGAAGACGGGCAUAAGGGUUAUUCCUUUAAAUAUUUCAUCGUUGUUUCCCAGACUAACGUACCUCUAUCUGAGUUUUAACAGCAUACAGGUCAUCCCGGCGGAUCUUCGGGCUCCUAUGUUAGUAAGCCUGCACAUUGACCAGAACGCAAUUACUUUCAUUAGCCAAAAAUCAAUGGAAGGUUUCCCCAAGCUGAGGACUUUGAAAGCCGGCUACAAUCCAUUUAGCUGUGAUUGUGAUUCCUUUUGGUUCACGACGGCAUUUAAUAAAUCACUUCUCUCAGAUUGGCCCCAGGAUUACACUUGCAGCACCCCGCUGUCAUUUACCGGCAGGCGUUUGGAGACGUAUGAGCACGGAUGGCUGUCCUGUCAACCAGGCUUGCAGGCUGCUGUGGUUCUGUCGGUGUUAUUUGUGGUAGGAACUGCUCUGGGUAUCACUGUUUAUGCUUGUGAUGGUAUUUGGUACACCAAAAUGCUUUGGGUUUGGAUGCGAAUGAAAAGGAGAGGCUAUAAGAGGGCUGAUCGACUGCUAAAUGCCACCUUCCGCUACCACGCCUUCAUUUCCUACAGCCAACAUGACUCAGGUUGGGUGGGAUCUCAGCUGGUACCUGAAUUAGAAAGGUCAGGCCUGUCUCUUUGUGUCCAUGAGAGAGAUUUUGAACCUGGGAAGUGGAUUGUGGACAAUAUAAUCCAUUGUGUGGAGGACAGCUACAAGAGCCUCUUCAUCCUGUCCAAACAUUUUGUGCAGAGCGAGUGGUGCAACUAUGAACUGUUCUUCGCCCAGCACAGGGCGAUUAGUGUGAACGACGACUCCCUGGUCUUCGUUCUGUUGGAGCCCAUACCAACAGACUCUCUGCCCAAAAAGUUUCUGAAGUUAAGAACGCUGCUUAGGCGGAAAACGUACCUGGAGUGGCCGGCAGAUGAACGCAAGCAGCGAGUAUUCUGGUGCAAUCUUAAAGCUAUUCUGCAGACUGUAGACCAGAGCCAGAUUUUAAAGGACGUGGCCACAAACAUUGCUGAAAUGUGUCCUCUGGUGCCUGUUAAAGAAUGA